AGAUUUCGAUCUGUAUUAUUGCAUGCUUUUCGCGCUAUUUUGGCAAUUUUGCUGUGAAAGUAACCAUUAACCAAUAUGGAUAAAGAAAAUGAAUACCUUUGGUAUUGCCCCACGUGCCAGGCCUUUAAUAAACCCUCUACGUUUAUUUGCAUAAUUUGUUCAAGCCACCGAGUUGAUCCACCCCCCUCAAGCUCAUCCUCUGAGGAAUUUGAGUACAAUAUUGAACCUUAUGUUUCAGAUUACAUCAGCAGUCCCGAUGAAGCAGAUAAUGGUUAGUGUGUAUUUUAGUUUCUUUGUUAAUUCAUUCUUGAUUUUCAAGAAAUGCUGUGUGGGUAUAGAAGCUGAAGUCGCAGAAGUUAUUGAAGAGGAAAGUCCAGAAAAGGGUGAUGAGGGUGAGGACAACGAAGGCGUCCAAGACAAAGGGGAAACAGACAAAAUGGGCACAGAGGACAAGGGAGCUGAAGGGAAGAAUGAGGAUGAAGGGGUGCAAUUUGAACCAGACACAGAGGCCGAAGAGGAGAGUAGCGAGACUACAGAUGAUCAGGCGAGAUCCACACCCAGGUCAGGGCAAACCAAGAAGAAUAUGAAAAAGAAGGCCACCAAGAAGCUAAAGCGGGGUACUAAGAAGCAAAAGCUCGAGUCCGACAUUGAAAAUCUGUCUAAAGAAUUUGAGGAUCACUGCCAGAGUUCAGAUUCCGAUGACGGUCAAGCCGAAGAGGAGAGUAGCGAGACUACAGAUGAUCAGGCGAGAUGCGCACCCAGGUCAAGGCAAACCAAGAGGAAUAUGAAAAAGAAAGCCACUAAGAGGCUAAAGCGGGGUACUAAGAAGCAAAAGCUCGAGUCCGACAUUGGAAAUCUGCCUUAAGAAUUUGAGGAUCACUGCCAGAGUUCAGGUAAAUUAUUAGGAUUACAGUUAUCUCUCAUCUUACUUUCAAUUAUUCCAUUCUUUUUCAUUUAGAUUCCGAUGACAGUCAAAAAGGUUGCUGCUAGACUCAGCA